CACUAACUGAAUGCAUAUGUGCUCAUUGAAUGCACCCGUACUAACUAUUCGCAACAUAGAACUUCGAAAUAACAAACGGCCAAGACCUCAUACGCUCCUUCAAAGAUAAAGGCACGGCGAGCGGGAUUCUUAUUAAUAGGUUCUUCUGCUCGGUGUGUGGGUCGAAUGUGUACCUCGCCUCGACGCAUCCGAAGAAUAAGUUUGUGGUUGUGGGGCUUGGGACUUUGGAUGAUGAGCAUGUGGGUUGGGUCCCAGAUAAAGAAUGGUUCGACGAACAGAGGAGGCCGUGGAUUGAGGGGAUACAACUGCGGGAAUCGAAGUCGUCGAAAGGAUCGUCACUGUUGACUUUGGGCUUGCCAGUGGGCGGUGGUGUGGAGGAAGGUGGUAACUCAGAGAAGGCCACGUCCAGGUUGUAGUUUGAUUCUAGGACUGGCUAUGUCUCUACAUUCUCAAUCUUCUACGCGUAUGGAGGGACAUGUCAACUUCUACGAGUUUGAGGGACCCAUCUUGACCUCUGUUGCAUUUGAGGGUAUGUCAACUUAACCUCUAUGUACUUUAAGAGGGUAAGAACGGCCCUUUCAGGAUGAAGAAGUGAAUGGAAUCGAGGGUGCCGGUGAUUCUGAGCGCGAUGAUAGGCGUAGUGGUGCUCUCUGGCAAGGCGAACAGGGGAGGCCGUGGAUUUUGGGUAUGCGACUGAAAACAUCGCGUGGACAAGUCACAAUACGGUGGUGAUUCCUAAAGGAAGUCGAACUCAGAGAAGCCAAGAUUUAGCGUGUGGUAUGGACUGGAUGUGUUCGAGGGCUUCGGACGUGUCAACUUCUGCGUAUCCAAGGGAGCAAACGCCCUUUUCCAGAGGCUUGAGCGGAUGAAUGAGGC